AUGUCACAAAGAAAGGAAGGAAAGAAGCAAGCGCGAGAAAGAGUGGGAGAGAGAGAGGAGGAGAAGGAGCGAGUGAGAGACAGGAGGAGUAGGGGCGAGCGAGAGAAGAAGCAGGUGAAAGAGAGACAGAAGAAGCGAGAGAGAGAGAGAGAGAGAGAGAGAGAGAAAUGAGGAGAAAAACGUAGGGAGGAUCGGGAUAGGACACAGGGAAAAAAAAAAAGAAAAAAA